UAUCAGCUGGAACAAACUUAAGUAAGUACUGAAAAUCAAGGCGUGGGUCUCUUCACGAAACUAGAACAUCAAGCAGCACAAAAUACCUCAACUCAGUAGACUCCAAUCAAAAAUCAAAACCCAUCACAACAAUAUAACACAGAUCAAACAAUACUGCCUUCAAAUUAUUUAUUAUUCUGAUUCUGAUUUCAAAUCCGUCAGUUAAUUUGAAGUUGUGACAUAACAGAGUAUUGGCAUCUGCUAACUUUUAGUUUCAAAGAUGGCCAAUUUACAAAUUACAAGUAUUUUGGAGAAGAUGACGGGGAAGGAUAAAGACUACAGAUAUAUGGCCACAUCUGACUUACUGAAUGAGUUGAAUAAAGAUACCUUUAAACCUGAUGCUGACCUGGAGAUAAAGUUGUCAAAUAUUGUUCUACAACAGCUUGAUGAUGUGGCUGGUGAUGUUUCUGGAUUGGCUGUGAAAUGUCUUGCUCCAUUGGUGAAGAAGGUGAGUGAAGCACGAGUCGUGGAGAUGACCAAUAGGCUAUGUGAUAAAUUGCUCAAUGGAAAAGAUCAACAUCGUGAUGCUGCAAGCAUAGCAUUGAAGACGAUUGUAUCUGAAGUCACAACUCAAUCUCUUGCUCAAUCCAUUCUUGUUUCCUUAUCUCCACAGUUGAUAAAAGGAGUAACUAGUCAGGGUUUGAGCGCCGAGAUAAAAUGUGAAUGUCUUGAUAUAUUAUGUGAUGUCCUUCAUAAAUUUGGAAAUUUGAUGGCAGCUGACCAUGGGCUGAUCUUAAAUGCACUUUUGUCACAAUUGAACUCAAGUCAAGCCACCAUUAGAAAGAAGACUGUUUCUUGUGUUGCAUCCCUUGCGUCAAGCUUGUCUGAUGAAAUGUUGGCAAAAGCUACAGUUGAAGUUGUGCGUAACUUGAGAAAUAAAGGUGUAAAGCCCGAAAUGACCCGUACAAAUAUUCAGAUGAUUGGUGCUUUAAGCCGCGCUGUAGGAUACCGGUUUGGACCUCAUCUUGGCGACACUGUGCCAGUUUUAAUUAAUUACUGCACAACUGCAUCAGAAAAUGACGAGGAGCUUCGUGAAUAUAGCCUGCAGGCGCUAGAGAGUUUUCUUCUAAGAUGCCCUAGAGACAUUUACUCAUACUGUGAUCAAAUUCUUCUUCUUACUCUUGAAUAUCUAAGUUAUGAUCCAAAUUUCACUGAUAACAUGGAAGAGGAUACUGAUGAUGAAAGCUAUGAAGAGGAGGAAGAUGAUGAGAGUGCAAAUGAAUAUACAGAUGAUGAGGAUGUCAGCUGGAAAGUUCGAAGAGCAGCAGCUAAAUGCUUAGCAGCAUUAAUAGUUUCUCGUCCUGAAAUGCUUGCAAAGCUAUACGAGGAGGCCUGUCCUAAGCUGAUUGAUAGAUUUAAGGAAAGGGAAGAAAAUGUCAAGAUGGACGUAUUCAACACAUUCAUUGAGCUAUUACGUCAAACUGGAAAUGUUACAAAAGGGCAGAUUGACAUAAAUGAAUCAAGCCCAAGAUGGUUACUCAAGCAUGAAGUACCAAAGAUAGUUAAAUCUACAAAUAGGCAGCUUCGUGAGAAAUCUAUCAAGACAAAGGUUGGUGCAUUUUCUGUACUGAAAGAACUGGUGGUUGUCUUGCCAGACUGCCUCGCAGAACACAUUGGUUCACUUAUUCCUGGAAUUGAAAAGGCUUUGAAUGACAAAUCUUCAACCUCAAAUUUGAAGUCUGAAGCCCUUAUAUUCACAAGAUUGGUAUUGGCUUCACAUUCUCCUCCUGUAUUCCAUCCCCAUAUCAAGGAGCUUUCUGGUCCUGUUUUUUCAGCUGUCGGCGAGCGUUACUACAAGGUAACAGCUGAGGCAUUAAGAGUGUGUGGAGAACUUGUUCGCGUCCUGCGACCAAAUGUUCAGGGCUUGGAUUUUGACUUCAAACCUUAUGUUCAUCCAAUAUAUAAUGCCAUAAUGUCACGCUUGACGAACCAAGACCAAGACCAGGAAGUUAAAGAAUGUGCUAUUUCUUGCAUGGGGCUCGUCAUUUCAACAUUUGGUGAUAAUCUCAGAGCAGAGUUACCUUCAUGCCUUCCUGUACUUGUCGACCGAAUGGGGAAUGAAAUAACACGACUUACAGCUGUCAAGGCUUUUGCUGUCAUUGCUUCUUCUUCUCUUCGAGUUGAUCUAUCUUGUGUUUUGGAUCAUGUAAUUGUAGAGCUAACAGCAUUUCUCCGGAAGGCUAAUCGUGCUCUACGACAGGCAACACUAGGGACUCUAAAUUCCCUAAUUGUAGCCUAUGGCGAUCAGAUUGGUUCAUCUGCAUAUGAAGUUAUUAUAAUUGAACUUUCCACUCUGAUAAGUGAUUCAGACUUGCAUAUGACUGCUCUUGCUCUGGAACUUUGUUGCACUUUGAUGGGUGAUAGGAGGUCCAGCCCUAAUGUUGGUUUGGCUGUUAGAAACAAAGUUCUACCCCAGGCACUAACAUUGAUCAAAAGCUCGUUGCUGCAGGGUCAAGCUCUUUUGGCUUUACAAAACUUUUUUGCCUCGCUAGUCUAUUCUGCAAAUACAAGUUUUGACACUUUACUGGGCUCCCUUCUAUCAAGUGCUAAGCCAUCUCCCCAGUCAGGUGGUGUGGCAAAACAAGCCUUGCAUUCAAUUGCUCAAUGUGUAGCUGUCCUCUGCCUUGCUGCAGGUGAUCAGAAAUGUUCAUCUACAGUUAAAAUGCUGACAGAAAUUCUUAAAGAUGACAGCAGUACCAAUUCAGCCAGGCAGCAUCUUGCCUUGUUAUGCCUGGGCGAGAUUGGGAGGAGAAAGGAUCUAAGUACACACCCACAAAUAGAAACUAUUAUAAUUGAGUCCUUUCAAUCUCCUUUUGAAGAGAUAAAAUCUGCUGCUUCUUAUGCUCUUGGCAAUAUUGCUGUCGGUAAUCUGUCCAAGUAUCUGCCUUUUAUCUUGGAUCAGAUUGAUAAUCAGCAGAAGAAACAAUAUCUCCUGCUUCAUUCUCUGAAGGAGGUUAUUGUAAGACAGUCUGUAGAUAAUGCAGAGUUCCAGGAUUCUAGUGUUGAGAAGAUACUAAAAUUACUAUUUAAUCAUUGUGAGAGUGAGGAAGAGGGUGUUCGAAAUGUUGUGGCUGAGUGUCUGGGUAAAAUUGCACUUAUAGAACCUGCAAAACUUGUUCCUGCACUUAAGGUGAGAACAACUAGUCCAGCUGCAUUCACAAGAGCAACAGUGGUAAUUGCUGUAAAAUAUUCAAUAGUUGAGCGGCCUGAGAAGAUAGAUGAGAUUAUAUACCCUGAGAUAUCAUCAUUCCUUAUGCUUAUCAAGGAUCAUGACCGGCAUGUGAGGCGUGCAGCUGUGUUGGCCUUGAGUACAUUCGCGCACAACAAGCCUAACCUUAUCAAGGGACUUCUUCCUGAAUUAUUACCCCUUCUCUAUGAUCAAACAAUUGUGAAGAAAGAAUUAAUACGAACAGUUGAUCUUGGGCCCUUCAAGCAUAUUGUGGAUGACGGACUUGAGUUGAGGAAAGCAGCUUUUGAAUGUGUAGAUACUUUGUUGGAUAGUUGUCUUGAUCAACUAAACCCAUCGUCUUUCAUUGUUCCUUACCUCAAAUCUGGUCUUGAAGAUCACUAUGAUGUUAAAAUGCCUUGCCACCUUAUCCUCUCAAAACUUGCAGAUAAAUGUCCAUCUGCCGUCUUGGCUGUGCUGGACUCUUUGGUUGACCCUCUCCAAAAAACUAUAAAUUUUAAGCCAAAGCAAGAUGCUGUUAAGCAGGAAGUAGAUCGUAAUGAAGACAUGAUUCGCAGUGCUCUUCGAGCAAUUGCAGCCCUAAAUCACAUAAGCGGAGGUGCUUGCAGCCCUAAAUUCAAAAACCUUAUGAAUGAAAUUUCAAAAUCUCCUACCCUGUGGGAGAAGUACUAUUCCAUCCGGAAUGAGUAAUGGCCAUGACGACGAUCCUUCUAUAAACAUAUUGCUCAAGUUUGCGCGAGAGAACUACAAAUACAGUUUGUUUUGAUGUUCUAUUGUACACUCUCUUCAGAAAGGAACGGAAGUAAUCACCCUUACCGGAGGUUUGGCACCGUAUCGGAGUUAAGAAAUGCUGAAAUUUUGGUCGAAGAAGCUCGUAGGAAGGAUAUUACAUGACCAUAUGGUGCAUGCAAAUACUUUUUUUGUUAUUAUUAUGUAUAGGGCAAAUACUUUGUCUGUUGCUACUGAUUAUGAGCUAAAAAUGCAAAAUGUUGUUUUCAUAUCUAAGAGAAGUGAGUUUUACUAUACAUUUGGUGAUACUUAUUAAUUGAUAUGGUUGGAAGCAUCUUCUGGCUGCAAAUUUUUGA